GAAGUUUGGGUGUUUGCUAAUGUUUUGAUUUUCUCACAUUUUUAUGAAUUAUUAGAAAAUAAUUUUAAAAUGAGUUUAAUACGAGCACUUCAACCAUCAUUAAUUUCUCCUCAAAUUCGACUUAUUAGCUCAACUUGCGUUCUAAACAAAAACCAAUCUGGAAGAUAUAAAGUUACUCCAAAGAAAGAUCGUCCAUUGACUUAUGAGCAAUCGAAUCCACCUCACCAAAUCGGUCACAGAAAAGCAUGGAAUUCUUGGAAUGUUGCUAAUCUCAAGAAGGAAAAACCAGGAGUUCAUCAGAGGGAACCACAAAUGAUAACUGAAGACUUUUUCAUCCGAAAAUUCAUGACUGCAACCUUCCAUGGGAUUGUUUGUUCGGAAGUUAUCAUUAAACGACAAUUCAAUUUGAUUCGAGUGGCUUUUAUCAUGAGUCGUCAAUUGCCGCCUAGAAAAAUGUAUUUUCUCAUCGGAUACACUGAAGAGCUUCUUUCCUAUUGGCUUCAAUGUCCAGUAACUUUAGAAAUUAAUACAGUAGCUGAUAAGAGGGAUGUCAUUUACAAAUAUAUUUAAGGACGAUUCUUUUAAAAAUAGAAUUUCAUUAAUAACAAAUAAAUUAAAAAAAAACAUUGAAAAUUUCAAAGAUGUCAUUCGAAUUUUUAUUGAGGAAGUUUUAAAUUCAAAAUUUGUUCAUUUGUAUUAAUUUGAGAAAGAUUAAAGCCUGAAAUCAUUUCAAUGGACCACAUUUCUUCAUCACAAGUUUGAAAUAGCUCCAUCGCCUCCAUCCUGUUUUAAAAAGUUUGAUACAAGAAAAUUCUUCCUUAAAGAAUUCUUUUAUAGUUUCAAGCGAUAAAAAUUGGCUGAGUCCAGAUAAUGAAAUGCUUUGAAGUGCAGCAGAUUUAAUAAGUUCAGCUGUGACACCUUGAAAGUUGAAGUCGUACAUUCCAAGUUUUAAAUAUUUUAGCUUGAGAUGAUCAUCCAAAAUUUGCUUCAAACCUUGAUGAGAAAUGUCACUUAUUCCUGAUAUUUUGACGAGUUCCAGAUUAGGACAAGCACUGAUGGUAUUAAGGAUUGAUUUCAUGUUAUGGCUUUCAAUGUUUUUAACUUUGAAUUCCUUUAGAUUUUCAUGUUUUAUAUCUUCAUCGAUGACAAAAUUAUCUUGAUCUCCAUCUGAAUUAUUGCACACGAAUUCAAACGUUUCAAGUUUUAUAAAAUACUUUAAAACGGUACCGAUGAUAUUAAAUAAUUUAUUCUCGAAACUCAAAUG